AUGGAGGAAAGACGAGGAGUUGUGUCCGGUUUUCCCGACUCCGGCUUGCAACUCCACACGACACAUUCUUGGGAUUUCUUGCUGGCUCAAGAUCAUGCUUUUCAAGCCAUUCCUCCCUCAGUAUCUCCUCCUUACGCAUCUAACUUUUCUGCUGGAGCUUACGAAACGAUCAUCGGCCUCUUAGAUUCAGGAAUUUGGCCUGAAGCCCCCAGUUUCAGUCCUUCUCCGGACAUGGAUCGAAUCCCGAGACGUUGGAAGGGAGAAUGCAUGGGAGGAAUAAACUUUAGUUGCAACGGGAAAGUAAUUGGAGCUAGGUACUAUGAGAACCCACACAGUCGAGUCAAAAUCACAUCAGCUAGGGACGAGCAUGGGCACGGAACACACACUGCAUCGACUGCGGCCGGUAUGCCAGUGAACGGGGCUUCUUAUUAUGGAUUGGCCAAAGGGAGGGCGAGAGGGGGCUCGCCAGCUUCAAGAAUCGCAGUGUAUCGUGUUUGUGGACGUGUGGAGUGCAGUGAAUCCGCAUUACUCAAAGCAUUCGAUGAUGCAAUUGAUGAUAGGGUCGAUGUGAUAUCCGUAUCGAUAGGGAAUGGGGUGGGUGAUAACUUUUUUGCGGAUCCAAUAGCUAUUGGAGCCUUUCAUGCUACGGCUAGAGGGAUUACGGUGGUUUGCUCCGCGGGGAAUGGAGGCCCGACCUCCACAUCGCCUUACCAAUUUUAUCAAGCAUGGCCCCCUUUCGAUGACAUACAUAAGAUCCCCGGUAGGAAUCCACCCCUCUACGUUAUAAUCUCCGGCACGUCCAUGUCUUGCCCACGUGUUGCAGCGAUUGCUGCACUAGUCCAAUCUCAUCAUCCCACAUGGAGUCCCUCAGCUAUUAGAUCAGCCAUAAUAACUACAGUAGCUACUCCUUACGACAUUGGGUCGGGAGAAAUAAGUUUGACAGCACCAUUGCGGCCAGGGCUUGUGUACGAGACAGAAACCACCGACUAUAUCCAGUUUAUCUGCAACUUGGGCUACAAUACAUCUAUGAUAAAAAUCGUGGCAUCAAAUUUAACCGCGCAUAACUUUUCUUGCCCUUGCACCUCGCAUCGCGAUUUUGUCUCCGAUAUGAACUAUCCUUCAAUAUCCAUUUCCGGCUUGAAAACAAAUAGACAAAAGACCGUAAGAAGAACGGUGACUAACGUUGGAGAUCCAUACGCGACAUACACGGUCACCAUUGAGGCUCCUCCUAGUUUGAAGGUUCAAGUGGUGCCAACAACACUGCAGUUUACUCAAUAUGUUCAAAAAUUAACAUUUCACGUGACAUUUAAAGACACUGCAUCGUCAGCUUCGGAGGAACACUCGUUCGGUGCGAUUACAUGGACGGAUGGGAAGCACAAAGUUCGUAGCCCAUUUGCUGUGAGGAGAAGGGGAAAGGAUGGGUGUAAUUAA